UGGGCUCUUGUAUGCGAACACAGACGACACAGACAGGCAUCAUGGCGGACGUGUUGGAUCUUCAUGAAGCGGGAGGAGAGGACUUUCCUAUGGAUGAGGAUGGUGAUGAGAGCAUCCACAAGUUAAAGGAGAAGGCCAAGAAGAGGAAAGGACGAGGCUUUGGCUCAGAGGAAGGAGCGAGGUCCAGAAUCAAAGAGGACUAUGAUACUGUGGAGCAGGACGGGGACGAGCCAGGCCCUCAGAGAUCUGUGGAGGGCUGGAUCCUGUUUGUGACAGGUGUACAUGAAGAGGCCACAGAGGAAGACAUCCAUGACAAGUUUUCAGAGUUUGGAGAAAUCAAGAACCUGCAUCUGAACCUUGACCGCAGAACAGGUUACCUCAAGGGAUAUGCACUGGUGGAGUAUGAGACGUACAAAGAGGCCCAGGCAGCCAUGGAAGGGCUCAAUGCCCAGGACAUGAUGGGUCAGCCUAUCAGUGUUGACUGGGGAUUCGUCAGAGGGCCUCCCAAGAACAAGAGGAGGACUGGCGGACGUAGACGCAGCAGAAGCCCGGACAGGAGGCGGCGUUGAGUACAGCAGUCGUCACUGGCUUGAGGGGAUGUCCGUCACUUUGUCGGGCAGUUUAUAAUCCUCAUCUUCUCAUAAGAAACUUUUUGUACAGUAUUUUUGUUGUAUGGCAUCUAGUUGUGCAAUUUUAAAAAUAUUGGGAUAGGGAGAUAAUCUUCUUAAAAGAUGAAUAACAAAGAACCAAUUGGCCAAACAGCAGCAUUUUCAAUUUUCUAUUAAUUGCUUAUGCUGCUUUAAAUUGCAACGGAAGGAUCCAUUCAGCUCCGUCAGUGAAAACUGAUUUUACUUUAAACACCAACCUGUACUUUGCAGGUCCCUAAAAAAAAAUAAAAAAUAUCUUGUUUCAGUUUUCUCAAUGUUACAUGCAUUUUGUUGUUCUUUUUUUUUUUAUAUAAUACUUGGGGUGGGGAAAUUAAACUUUUUAAA